AUGUCUGGAGAAUGGGCUACUUCAAGCCUGCCUUACCGGCCGUCUCGGCCUGCCCCCUUGUCAGAGGACGACAACAAGAUAAUGAACUUGCACGAAGCCGUAAAGGCGGGUAACGCUUCUGCUAUUGAUCGAGUCCUGGACCAAUAUCCCGAACUUGUACAUUCACUGCAUCUCAAUGAGAGGCCACUUCACUGGGCAAUGCAGAAGGGGCAAAGCCAAUCCGUCCAGGCCUUGCUGAAGCACGGUGCGGACCCCAAUGCAAUAUCUCGCGAGGGUUAUACGCCUCUCAUGGUAGGCCUAUCCCAAGGCCACACUAGGAAUAUGGCAAUUCUGUUGAAAGCUGGCGCGGUCUCCAACACAGGAGAACUGCAGCGAGGCUCCAGCAUUUUGGACUUCGCCAUCGAGAAUGUCACAGGGGAUCAGCUGACAACUGAUGCUCUCCAUCUGAUGAUUGCGUAUGGUGCGCUUCUCCAUGACAACAUUUCGAUGAAAUCAUUAUUAUCACGGGCCAUCGAUUACAGAAAGCCAUUGAGUGUUCUCGUCCUAUGCGCAUUCUUGGUAAAACCAUCACCUGGGUCCGCCCAAAACCCAGCAGAUUACGGCUUGGUCGAACGCUUAGAAGAUGAAAGCUUCCGCAACAAAGUGAGGAAGAUCAUCCAUAAAUGGGGAAUCAGACAAAGAGAUAUGGAAUGCCGCCAAAUACUCCGCGAGUAUAUCGAACCUGAUGGCAGGCUGGAUUAUUCCUCCCUCCUCGCUUGGGCUGCACAGAAGGGGAAGAUGGAGACUCUAGAAUACAUUUUAGACAUGAAUGUCAACCCUGAGUUCAUCGAUACGAGAGUCAGGGGUUGGAACGCCAUCCACUUCGCCGCAAAGGGAGGAGAGAGCAAAGUAAUUCCGAAAUUACUGGAACGAGGAGCAUUCGUCGAUAGCCUCACCGAGCCCGAAAAAUUGACACCGCUUCUCAUCGCUUCUGAAAAAGGCCGUCAAAGAACUGUGAGAGUUCUGCUACAGAAUGGUGCGAAUGUCUUCGCUGAGACACAAGAUGGACGAAGUGCUUUCGACAUUGCCUGGAAUGGGAACCAUUCGGGGACCGCAGCUGUACUGGACGAGUUCAUUAGCAAGAUAGAAAAUCCACGGUCCCGACAGCUAGCACAAUCCUCGUCCGCCAAGGCUAAGGCACAAUAUGCUUCCCCUAUGGCAAACGCUCGUCCGGCCCAGCCUAAAGACUACUUGACGGCAUCUCAGACCGAUAGUGCUGCUGGAACGUUUGAUGGUUUCAAUUAUUCAUUACCCACAACCAGCUCCAAUUUUAAGCAGCCAAGAACAUUUGUAGAUUUGAUAGAGACACACCGCAAAAAUUUCGAGUUCCAUGAGAAAGACGGCAUCGUAAAAAUCGCCAUCUUAGAUACAGGCAUCGAUACAAACCACGAAGACUUUUCUCAGCCUAGAGCUCUUCGUUUCGAGAAUGGGCAACCCAUAUCGGACGAGAGUGGUCGGGCCCCCAAGCAGAUCGACUUGAUCAAGGGUUGCAAAAACUUCUGUGGGGAUGGAAGAGCGGAAAGUGAUACGACGGAUCUCGACGGCCACGGCACGGCGGUCGCUGGAAUUAUUCUGCGACUAGCACCUAGAUCUGAGUUUUAUAUCGCUCGAGUAUGUACAGGUGGAUCAGCUGCAGAGGAGCCUAGGAGACCGCAACCGAGUAUCGUUGCACGGGCUAUAGAUUGGGCGAUAGAACAGCAGGUGGAUCUCAUAAACAUGUCGUUUGGGUUUGAUGAAAGCGAUAUAGCAGUGAAGACGGCGUUGAAGAGAGCCCGAAACCACUGCAUCGUCUUUGCAGCUACGUCAAAUGAAGGCAAUUUCAAACGCAUGGCCUGGCCCGCAAGAGAUGAGAACUUGGUUAUCGGGAUUCAUUCCAGUAACAGUGAGGGAACAAAGCCAUCUGACUUCACCCCUCCGCCUUCAGGUCGGACGAAUCUCAUGGUGGUGGGUGAGGAUAUUCUCACACACUGGCCGACGUCCAAAGGGGGUGGUUUCAGGCCUUAUAGCGGUACAUCAUUCUCAACGCCCGUAGCUGUAGCCAUGGCCGCCCUGAUACUGGCAUUUGUACGACAGAAGAGGUGCAGUAGGGAGCGUACAAGGCUCGAGGAGUUCCUUGUGGAUCUCCCUGAGAUCUCGGGUAUGCGCAAGGUACUGCAGAAGAUAAGCAACCCGGUGGCGAGUGGUCAUUAUCAGUGGAUACAUCCGGAUUUGCUUUGGAAGGAUUUCAAGACAAAAUUCGAGGAUGAAGAAGGUAGACGAGCUUAUGCGUGGCGCAUGCUUCGUGAUGCAUUGGACGAAUGA